GGGGCAGGAGGAGGCCGCUUUUCCAAAAAAGUAUUGGCUGCCUUGAGGAAUGCGGUCGCCCCCUUGGGAAAGUACAUAUCUGGGAGCGGCAGGCGCUCGGCGCUCGCACUCCGGCUCGGCCGCCCCUGCGCUCGCUCGCCUGCUCCCGCCGCCCGCGCCGCCGCCUCCGGGCCCCUCGCUGCCGCCGCCAUGGACGCCAUCAAGAAGAAGAUGCAGAUGCUGAAGCUCGACAAGGAGAAUGCCCUGGACCGAGCCGAGCAAGCAGAGGCCGACAAGAAGGCGGCGGAGGACCGGAGCAAGCAGCUGGAGGAAGACAUCUCGGCCAAGGAGAAACUGCUGCGGGCGUCGGAGGACGAGCGGGACCGGGUGCUGGAGGAGCUGCACAAGGCGGAGGACAGCCUCCUGGCUGCCGACGAGGCCGCCGCCAAGGCUGAAGCUGAUGUAGCUUCUCUGAACAGACGCAUCCAACUGGUUGAGGAGGAGCUGGAUCGUGCUCAGGAGCGGCUGGCCACAGCUUUGCAGAAGCUGGAGGAGGCUGAGAAGGCAGCAGAUGAGAGCGAGAGAGGCAUGAAAGUCAUUGAAAGCCGAGCCCAGAAGGAUGAAGAAAAGAUGGAAAUUCAGGAGAUCCAACUGAAAGAGGCCAAGCACAUUGCUGAAGAUGCCGACCGCAAGUAUGAAGAGGUGGCCCGCAAGCUGGUCAUCAUCGAGAGUGACCUGGAACGUGCAGAGGAGAGGGCCGAGCUCUCAGAAGGCAAAUGUGCCGAGCUUGAAGAAGAAUUGAAAACUGUGACGAACAACUUGAAGUCACUGGAGGCUCAGGCUGAGAAGUACUCGCAGAAGGAAGAUAAAUACGAGGAGGAGAUCAAGGUUCUUUCUGACAAGCUGAAGGAGGCUGAGACUCGGGCUGAGUUUGCAGAGAGGUCAGUCACUAAGCUGGAGAAAAGCAUUGACGACUUAGAAGACGAGCUGUAUGCUCAGAAACUGAAGUACAAGGCCAUCAGCGAAGAGCUGGACCACGCUCUCAACGAUAUGACUUCAAUAUAAGUCUCUUUCUUCACUUCUCCCGAGACUCCUUCAGCAAGCUGGAUGUCCCACCUCUGUGAGCUCUGCAUUUGUCUCUUCUCCAGCUGACCCUGGUUCUUUCCUUUCGCACCUGCCUAGGGCCGGGCACACACCGUGCUGUUGUAUAGUUGGUUCUAGUGUAAAAUAAACACUGUGUACGCUGUUUCUGUUCGCUAUUCUUUUUACCUCUUUAUUUAUGGAUGUUUUCAUUUCACCACUCAAUAAAACCAUGAUUCUGCUUCAUGCAUCUAAAGGG